AGUUCUAGUUCGGUGGGAACGAAUGCCGUUGGCCUUUAGUGUAUAGUGCAUUUUUAUUUCAGAGGAUCCAGUUAAAUGGCGUCGGGGACACCGUGCCUGAACAGUAGGUGGGAUCAGCCCAAGUCAAAAACAGACAUAUUACAAAGUUUUGCGGGGAAUGUGUCCCACACGCUCAGUUCCCACAUAACGUCUGCCCCAGACAAGACGGUGCUCGCCAGCCCUCAUUUCUCCGCCGCGUCGACCGCGGUCGCCUCGUCCCAGCAGCCCAGAGCGGCCCAGACGGCGGGCGCCGCGCAGACGUCUGCCGAGGACAAGGCGCCACAGGGUGGGGUGGAAAUGGCCGCAGCUAUGGCUGCCAAAAUCAACGCCAUGCUGAUGGCUAAGGGCAAGUUAAAACCCCUGCAGCCUCUGCCCCCCAAGAUUCCACCCUGUACGCCUGUCACCAGCAGCAGCAGCAGCAGUGAGGAGCUGGUUGUAACAGAGGUGGACAUCAACGACGUUCCCAUAAACUGUAGGAAUUUACUCACAAAAGGGAAAACUCAGGAAGAGAUUCGCCAGCACAGUGGUGCAGUGGUUUCCACUAAAGGGCUGUACAUGACCACAGCUGAAAAAUCCAGCAUAAAAGGAGUAGAGAGACCUUUAUAUCUUCAUGUCCAGGGCAGGGGUCAGGAGCAGGUCAACAAGGCAGUCCAGCGGAUAAAGGAGAUCAUUUCAGAGGAGGUGCUUCGCUCAAGUGGGGGGCAACAGCCCCCCGUCAUGCCCACGCUUCCAGUUUACCCCCAGCCCCCCAGGCCUGCUGUCCCAGCACAGCCGCUGCGCCCCCAGGUCCCCAACAGUUUACACCCGGGCUCCACCGGUCCGCCCAGCCAGAGGCCCGCGGGUCCGCACGGCCACUCAGGGAACUUUGUGCACACCAAGAUUUUUGUGGGUCUGGACCAAGCUAUGCCUUCCUUCAAUGUGAAAGAGAAAGUUGAAGGUCCCUCGGGAAGUUAUCUGCAGCACAUCCAGAGCGAGACAGGAGCGCGAGUCUUCCUCCGCGGGAAAGGCUCGGGCUACAUCGAGCAGGCCUCUCGACGAGAAUCUUUUGAACCGCUCUACCUUUACAUUAGCCAUCCUAACUCUACGGGACUGGACGCUGCCAAGAAGCUAUGUGAAAGCCUGCUGGAAACGGUCCGAGCUGAGCAUGCCCGCAUGCUGUCUACCUACACAGCAACCGGAUCCACUCAAGGAUAUCCAGCUAAUAGCAAUUACUCUAGCCAGAGGUCCUGGUAUAGUUACCCUUCUAACGGGUACACAGGCGGCUAUUCUGCAUACCCUGGAGCCAGUAACUACUGGACUAGUGUUAAUGGUCAUUCUAACAUGUCGACCACCCCUCCGUCUUCUCAGCCAAUGGUGCAGUACCCCGUCUGUCCCAGAAAACCACCGCCCUACCUGGUGGAGGAGCAGGACGCUGAAGACGCUGGAGUUAACGGUUUGUCCACCAGUCCUCCCAGCUCAACCAGUCCAAAGAGGCACUUUCUAGAGGAGUGUGACAAAGCCGAGGAGAAGGAGGCUGACGGCUGCGCAGAUGCACACACAAACGAAGAGGAACCAGCUGCUCCAGCCUCCGACACGGAUGAGGGCAAAUGCACAGAGAGGAUGCUGAUGCCUCCGCCACCUCUACCCCUGACGGCGACGGCGACAGCGACAGCGCGUAAGAGAGGGAGGGAGGACGUGGAGAAAGAGGAGGCCCCUGUGAUGGCGGCAGGUAAGGCACCUCCAGAGUCAGUAAAGAAGCCAAAGCUUCCGGAAGAUUCCUUAGGGUUAGUGCCGUAUGGAGGAGACUCGUCCGAUGAAGAGGAAGACAGGUCGCGCAGCUGUAAGAAGACUUAACCUGUGCGUUGUCUAACGCUGUCCCCUGUGCAUUUCCCUGCAGUGGUUCACCCCCAGUUUAAAUGCAUUCAUUUGAAAGAUUUUCACACUUCACACAGGCUGCCAAAAAAGACAAGACUGCUCUUUCCUCCCAGCGGACAGCUCCAGGAUGGGUAGUUUAUUUCAUUUUUAAAACACACGAUUAGAAUCCCAAGCCUCAUUUCAUGACUUGCUUUGCACCGAAUAUUGAUUUAUGAUGUAACUUUCAGUGAAACUUUUCUUGUAUUGGAAAAUGGUGUAAAUCUGUUCCCAUGGAAUACAGUAAUAAAAUACUUGGACAAACUCAA